GAAUCCCCGGCCCCCGACCUCGAUCGUCACGUCCAUCCAGUAGUAUGUUGUAUUUUGUACGUAGCUGUAGUACUGAAUAGUGCCUUUUAGUGGAAACUCAAGUCAAGCGGAUCCCGACAAACGUUCUGUGUUUGCAGACUCAUUUCUUGAGUUGAAUUUUCUGUGUCGAAGUACUUUGGUUUUUUAUACAGCAAUAAUCUCCACGAUUAAAGGAGGCAGUGAUUGCAGCCAAAAAAGCUAGCCUAACGUCAACGAGUACAGAAGACUUCAGUUCAGAAGAAGAGAUCAUCUGGACCGCUCACUCUGUCUCACCGAUCAGUGCAGUGGGGUGCAGUGGCAGUGGAUAAUUAAUUUUGUACAUUUAUUGUACUGUAGACUGUGCCUUGUGUGAGCUGAGGUUGGAUUUAUGAAGUAGUACUGAGCUGCAUUCAGAGGUGAUAGACAAAUAUUUCAACAUGCUGUUGAUGAUGUCAGCUCAACAAUGCCGAGUCACGAUGACUCUGUGUUCCAUUGUUCUCCAUGUUUGCUGUAUAAUGAAUGGGCCUUGGUUAGUGGAAGGUGAAUACUCUUGCUAUGCGGGUAGCUUAGAUAUAGUGAAUGGAGAACUGAGUGUGGCUAGUACCAAGUAUGUGACCUUACAGCAAUGUUCAUCUCUAACACCUCAACCACCACCAACAACAAAUAGCACAGCAACACCUUCAACUAUGAAGCAAGUAACAUCGCCACCACUGAACACAACUACCAAUGGUAAUGCUCCCUCUGUGCCUGGUGGCCAAACAACUUCUUCUGGUAACCAAACAUCCAACAACGUGACCACAACUUCACCAUCUAAGGGAUCAAACUUGACAAGUUCUGUUCCACCAUCAGUAACUGAGCCAAGUCCUACUCAACCAGCAACAGGCGCAUCUCCAGGAUCAGCAAACCCGAAUCAAACAACAGCCUCGGCAAAUCCUGGAGGAAGUCCUGUUGCAACAGAUGGGGUGACAAACGAAUCAACAACUGUGCAUCCAGCAGCUACACUUCCAGUAACCACAAAUUCCAAUGGAAAUGACAGCCUAAUGGGUUGUGUUGUUGUAACAAAGACCAAUGGUUCCAUAGAAACUGCUUCCUUCUUGUGCCCCACCCCCGAUUCAGCUUGUAAAGAUAUUGGUUUCAAUGGCAGUGCUGGAUCAGACAAUCAGACACACUGCUUCGUGGGUUCUUCUUCCAACACCAUAGAUGCAUUUAUCAACAGAGAGAAUGUGGGUUACUCGACAGUGGACAGUUGUUUUGUUGGCACUGCAGAUGCAGUUAAUGAGACACAGUGUGGAGAAUCAUCCAACGUGUGUUUGACCAUUAAGGAUGCCCUGCAAGGUGAUAAUGUCACAGCGUACUACUGUGGCAAUGAGACUCUUCAGAAAUACUGUGAAAAGGAUGGUGCAUUGCGAGAGGGUUCUUUCCUGCAAAAGGAUACAAAUUUAACUGUGCUAUGUUGUGCUUCCACAAACUGCAACACUCCGACCCCAUCGACCACAACGCCAGCCCCUUCAACAAUCACUCCAAUUUCCUCCCAGGUUUAUACCAGUUCAUCCACAGCUGCUCCGACAUCCACGACUUUGAAUCCAUCAGUGGCUACCGGUUCAUCUUCGUCUGUAGCAACCAGUCCAAACACAGCUUCAUCAACACCGACUUCGAGUAUCCCAGCAUCCUCUUCUGGAACGUCAGGAAGUACCGGUUCCCCUUCCACUGGUGCUUUAAGAACUACUGGUGACACUUCCCAACCAGCCAAACAUAGUAACAAGAUACUCAUCAUAGGCAUCGUAUCAGCCUUCGCAGUCGGUCUCAUCGGGGGUAUUAUCGUCACGGUCAUCAUUUGCAGACGGAGAAGUAGUGCCGCAGCCCGACCUGGAGAGCUUCUGGCCUUUGACAGCUUCCAUUACAAACGCAUGGGAGCUGACGAGGUCAGUAACGAAGAAGUGUUCAUGACAUAGGACAGGACUCGACCAGUUGGAAUUUGUGCAAAUAACUUGUGGGAGGUAGGGGGGUGAUAACUGUAGAAUUCCAUGCUGCAGGUGGG